AUUUCGUCUCGUGUUUCCUGAAUGUAAAGGAAAAAUACUGGAUUCUCUCGCGUUUACCUUUUUUUAUGUCACCAAGCCACUUGUGAAUGGUCAUCAUGGUCUUAAUGGGAUAUUUCGAGUGUGGAUUUAUAUUUUUCUUUUCUUUGCUGGAUUCUGCGUCUGCUCAAAUCGUCUAUUCCGUACCGGAAGAGGUAAAUAAAGGGACAGUUGUUGGGAAUAUAGCGAAAGACCUGAACAUAAAUGUUCAUGAACUGGAAUCUCGUAUGCUUGAGAUUGUGACUGGAUCAAAUAAGAAGUAUUUUGACGUAAAUCUGAAAACUGGCGUUCUGUUUGUUAAUGACAGAAUUGACCGUGAUGAGUUAUGCGUGUCGAGUCAGAAAUGCUCUUUGAAUAUAGAGGCCCUCGCUGAAAAUCCUCAUCAUCUUUACAGGGUGGAGAUUAAGAUCUUGGAAAUAAACGACAAUGCGCCACAUUUUCUUGUUAAAGAAUUUACUAUGAAUAUUACCGAAAACGCAAGUCCAGGAGAGAGAUUUCCUCUCCCUGUGGCCGAGGACGCUGAUGUUGGCAGUAAUUCGCUGAAAGAGUACAAACUGAGUCCGAAUGAACAUUUCAGUCUAGAGACACAGAGUGAAGACCAGAGUGUGUCUGCUGAGUUAGUGCUGAAUAAGGCUUUAGAUCGAGAGAAACAAGCGAUAAUUAAGUUAGUGCUAACCGCUGUAGAUGGAGGAAAACCACCUAAAUCGGGAGCGUUAAAUAUUAUUAUAAAAGUAAUGGAUAUUAAUGAUAAUAACCCCGUGUUUAGUCAACCUCUUUACAAAGUUAAACUAAAAGAAAAUGUUUCUGCUGGUUCUAAAGUUUUAUCUGUGUUUGCUUCUGAUUUGGAUGAAGGCAUAAAUAGUGAAAUUGUGUACUCAUUUGUGGAUCAUGGAAAGAAGCAAAACUUGUUUACCAUUAUCCCCGAGACAGGAGACAUUGUUGUAAAAGGACAUAUUGACUUCGAGGAGAAUGCUGCUAUUGAAUUGCGAGUUCGUGCAAGAGACAGAGGCAAUUCCCCAAAGAGCACACAAUGUAAAGUGCUUAUAGAAGUUAUGGAUGAAAAUGAUAAUGCACCAGAGAUAACUUUAACUCCACUUUUGGAAAUUGUGAAAGAAGACACAAAGUCAAGAACUGCUGUUGCUUUAGUCACAGUGUCUGAUAAAGAUGGAGGUAAAAAUGGCAUUGUACACUGUGCACUGAAAGGCUCGUAUCCUUUCAAACUGGAUAUGUCAUAUAACAAUCAUUAUUCUCUAGUGGUAGAUGGACCUCUGGACAGAGAGAGUGUUUCUCUGUAUAACAUCACAAUUACAGCUGCAGACGAAGGAACUCCGCCUCUUUCCAGCAGCACUCUUAUAACUGUACAUAUCUCUGAUGUUAAUGACAAUGCUCCACAUUUCCCAGCUCAGGUAAUUGACGCUUUUAUAAGUGAAAAUAUUCAAGCUGGAGGUCUGGUGACAAGAGUGUCAGCUGAUGAUUCAGACACUGGUGAGAACGCAGAACUUUCAUAUUCACUGUUAGACAGUUCCAGCUCCAGUGUUCCUAUAACAACACUGAUAAAUAUAAACUCUUUGAGUGGAGAAAUAUUCAGUUUGCAAUCAUUCAAUCACGAAGAAACGAAAAGAUUGCAGUUUCAAGUUAUGGCAACAGACUCCGGUGUUCCUCCUCUGAGCAGUAAUGCCACUGUAAAUGUGUUUAUUCUGGAUGAGAAUGACAACAGUCCGGUUAUUUUAAUUGUCUCAGUAUCUGUCAUCUUUUUACUGAGUCUCGUGGGGUUGAUAGCAGUUAAGUGCUACAGGACAGACGGCAGUUUCAGCAGUUUUCAGCACCAUGGACAAUGA